GCAUUGUGUUUUGAGGCCUACUUUCAAGAGUCUGUGAGCGAACGUCGUGAAGAACAGUACCGCGUGCGUCGUUGUAAGGUAUUUUUCUAUCCAGAAGACGAUACAAUUCAAGUGGUUGAGCCACGUAUAUCAAAUACCGGAAUGCCCCAAGGUACGAUUAUUCGUCGACAUCGGAUAGCAAAACCGGAACCGGAAAGUCAUUUGUUUUACACCAUAGAUGAUUUCAAUGUGGGUAAAAAUUUCACAGCCUAUGGGAAAACUUUCCGUUUAGUGGCGUGUGAUCCGUUCACAGCCAACUUUUUACGCAAAAUGGGCUUUCGGCUUGGGGAACCAGAGCCGAUACCGGAUGAUCCCUAUUCCGUACAUCGGAAAGCUUUCAACGAAUCUAUACAACCAUUACGACCAUACGAAAGAAUGGAUAAACUGCGCCAGUUUCUGGACCACGAUCGACAUGUACUGAGAUUCUUUUGUUUCUGGGACGAUACCGAAUCGAUGUACGGCGAUCCAAGGGAGAUGAUUUUACAGUAUUAUUUAGCCGAUGAUACUAUUGAUAUUCGUGAAGUGAUCCCUGCUAAUUCCGGUCGCGACGGAGUGCCAUGUUUCUUGCGUCGUCAAAAGCUACCUCGUACAUUAGCCCCGGUUCCUAUCCCCGGGACUGUGACCGAUCGUACAUUGCUCAAUGUGUUCGGACAUCCACAGCGUGGAGGCCGAUACAUUUUGGAUAGUCUCAAGGUAAGUGCCAUUGGCAUUAGCAGUGCAAUACAGCGAGUAGAUUGCAAUUCUUAA